AUGUCGGAGCACGCCGCCCCGGAGCUACCCAAGAGGUGCCACCACUGCGCAGGGCCCCUCUCCAAGGACAUGGAAACUAGCAGCUGGACCGUGACUCCAUUGGUUCGAGAUAGCUUCUCAAUGGUUUGUUCCAUCGCCUUUUACCACUCACCAGUGCGAAUUGGUUCCGCUGUUGGGGGUACUGCAGGCGCGUUUUAUGCGUUUAAUCAUGCUAUGCCUGUUGUUCGGCGUUACGUAAAAGGGCCAAUGUGGAUGCAUUUUCUUGUUGGUGCCCCUCCAGUUGUUGUAUUCUCUUCUGCGUGUGCUGGAUUAGCAGCUGGUACAAUACCAGCCCUUGCACAACUGGUUUCGUCGUCCUGUCAUGCCGCCAUGUCAUCGCCCUCCUUCGCCCGCCCUGCUUCUCCCGAUGACAUGCACAAGAGCAGAGGCUCCUCGCCAUUGUAA